UGCUUUUCCUUUUUUGUUGUUGAUAGAAAAGGAACAAACGGAAUACAAAUACGAUAGAAUUAGGAAAUAUCGUAUUCUUUGGUCUCAGAAUAAAGAGAUGAAUACAUCGACGAUCUUUACUACUUAUUCCUUUUUACUUUUGGCUUACCUUUUUAUGCUUUCAUUUCAUUCUUUCCCAACGGAAUACAUCACUUGCUAGGGUUUUUUUGAACAUUUUUAAUUGAUUUCAUUAGUAUUGAAGGAAAUGGUUCGAGGAAAGGUAGAGAUGAAGAGGAUUGAGAAUGCAACAAGCCGGCAAGUGACUUUCUCUAAACGAAGAAAUGGAGUUAUGAAGAAAGCUUAUGAACUAUCAGUUCUUUGUGAUGCUCAAGUUGCUCUUAUUAUUUUCUCACAAAAGGGAAGACUUUUUCAAUUCUCAAGUUCCAGCAUGCAAAAGACAAUUGACAGAUAUUGUCAAUAUACAAAAGAAACGUUGAUCAACAUUAACACUUUUGAAGUGGAACAACACAUGGAGCAAUUGAAGGAAGAAACAGCAAACAUUGCAAAGAAGAUAGAGAUCCUUGAAAUUUCCAAACGGAAGCUUUUGGGGCAAGGCAUUGGAUCAUGUUCAAUGAAUGAACUUCAAGAGAUCGACAACCAGCUAGAGAGAAGCUUGAAGAUCAUCAGGGCGAGAAAGUCUCAAUUAUUCAAGGACGAAAUACAACGGCUAAAAGAAAGGGAGAGACUAUUGCGUGAAGAAAAUGCAAGGUUAUCUGAAAAGUGUGGAGGAGUAAGACCAGCAGCAUUAGAACUACCGGUUGACCUAACACGACCAGCCCAACUGACAGAAAAGGAUAAGUGUAGCAGGAUGGAGACUGAUUUGAAUAUUGGCCUUCCAGACAUUGGUUGGUCGUAGAAAUAUUUGUGGAGACUCUUCCAAGUUAGUUAUACAAUUGAGCAUGCAUUAAUAUAGAGUAUAAGGGCAUGCAAAGUCAACAAAUAAGAUACGAGUGCAACAUCUCAUCAUCUUCUAGGUACGUGAAUAAAUGCAUCUAUAUUAUUUCUAUCAACAAAGGUUGUAAAGAAGCCUAAUUUAUUGCAUAAUAGAGUAAAUUAUGUUUUCUUCAAUUCAUCAAGGAUUGUUGGCCUUUUGUAAAGGAAUGAAGAACUUAUAAAGUAGAGGUAAUGGAACUUUUUCAAUA